CAUGCGGAGGAGAGCUUUGAGGAGUUCAGCGCCAGGUAUGAGAAGGAGUUCGAUGCUGUGAGCGAUGUGUUUGAGCUUCAGCGCAACCUCAACAACGCCUUUGCGUACGAUCUGGUGCCGUCGCCGUCCGUCAUCGUGGCGGCGCUGAAGGCGGCGAGGAGGGUCAACGACUACCCGUCCGCCGUCCGAGUCUUCGAGGGUAUCAAAGCCAAGGUGGAGAACAAGGGCCAAUAUGAGGAGUACCUCACGGAGCUAGAACCCAUACGAGAGGAGCUUGGCAUCGUGCUCAAGGAGAACAUGUACCCG